AUGGCCGACAUGCAGAAAGUUCACACCGACAAGGCGUUUCCAGUCGCCGCUCCUUACUCGCAAGCUAUCAUCGCCGGCGGAACCAUCUACGUCUCUGGUCAAAUACCAGGAACCCCGGAUGGGAAGUUGGUCGAAGGAAGCAUCGGCGAUAAGACCGCCCAGUGCUGCGAGAACAUCAAGGCCAUUCUGGCCGAAGCUGGCAGCUCCAUCGAAAGAAUUGUCAAGGUGAACGUGUUUUUGGACGACAUGGCCAACUUCAAGGAGAUGAACGAGACCUACGCGAAGUACUUUACGCACAAGCCGGCCAGGAGCUGCGUUGCCGUGAAGGCCCUGCCUCUCGGCGUGCCGGUCGAGAUCGAGUGCAUCGCGUUGCCAGGAAAAGGCAGCGCGUUGUAG